GUUCUGCACAGCAUCUGAGAUCUGCUCAUCAGCAAGGAAGUCCAGGAUGGCUUUGGUCUCUGAAUUCUUAGGGCAGCUCACCCUCGAACUGGGCGGAGGAGAGCCCACCUACCCUACUGUUGUUCCAGAGGCCAACUUUGAUCCAGACAAAGAUGCUGCCAGGAUUGAGACCGCUAUCAAAACUAAAGGGGUGGAUGAGCAAACCAUAAUUGACAUCCUCACCAAACGGACAUACAACCAGCGGCGGGAGAUUGCUUUUGCAUAUGAGAGAAGAGCCAAGAAGGAUAUGAUCUCAGCCCUGAAGGGGGCGCUGUCUGGCUCACUGGAAACAGUCAUCCUGGGCCUCAUGAAGAGCACUGCGCAGUACGACGCCUCAGAAAUCAAAGCCUCCAUCAAGGGUCUUGGAACAGACGAAGAGUCUCUGAUUGAGAUCCUCUGCUCUCGAAGCAAUGCUGAGAUCAUGGAGAUCAAGAAAGUCUACAGGGAAUUGUUCAAGAAGGAAUUGGAGAAGGAUGUGGCUGGAGAUACUUCAGGGGACUUUGCCAAACUCCUGCUUGCUCUUGUUGAGGCCAAAAGAGAGCAGUCUAGCUCCGUUAUUGACUACCAGAGAAUUGAUGAAGAUGCCAGAGCCCUGUAUGACGCUGGAGUCAAGCGAAAAGGCACAGAUGUGAAGUGCUGGAUCUCCAUCAUGUCAGAGAGAAGCGUUCCUCACCUCCAGAAAGUGUUUGACAGAUACAAGAGCUACAGCCCGUAUGACAUGCAGGAGAGCAUUCGCAAAGAGGUCAAAGGAGAUCUAGAGAAGUCCUUCCUGACCCUCGUUCAGUGCUUUGAAAACAAACAGCUGUAUUUCGCCAGCAGACUGCAAGACGCCAUGAAGAGCAAAGGAGCGAAGGAGAAGGUGCUGACCCGGAUCAUGGUGUCCCGGUGUGAGGUGGACCUCAAGAAGAUCAGACAAGAGUUCAAACAGCACUUUGGGAAGUCUCUGCACCAGACCAUUGCUGAGCACACAAAGGGAGAUUACCAGCGGGCCCUGCUGAGCCUGUGCAAUGGAGACGACUGAGGAUUGGAGGAGAACUGGAGCUCUGAGGUCCAGAUGGAGAUCUCCAUAUACUCUCUACCCUGCUGCAGCUUUAGAGACCGUAAACACGCACUCGCUUAGACUGGAAACAAACAUGUGUUCUCCAUUAAGAAUCAUUGAACUACGUCAAAUCUAAAUGUGCCACGUUUGGUUUCACACCCCUUUAAAAAGAAAGUCUCAGUAGAAGAACGUGAAUCAGCAGUAAGGGAGCUGAUAUUGGUGCUUUUUGAAGUUAUUGCAGAAUGAAAUUACAUGAUUGUAGUUUUUCUGAGCAGAAAUUUGUACUUUAAGCCUAAUGUUGAAAUAAAAACAUGCACAGUUAA